AGCCGUGUGCAAAUAACUCCGUGGAGUGGUGCUGACAAUUAGAGUAGACCAUACUGAGCUGGAUGGACCAGUGGUCUGACUCUGAAGAUGGCAGCUUGCUGUGUUCCACCCUUUCUGUGGGGUGGAGCUUGCUUUAUAAAAUACCAGAGUGAGCAGGGUCAGGAAAGGUGUCCUCACUGGAAUCAGCUGCAUGAAGGGAAGGAAACUGAAUAAUGUCACAUGUUACUGCUGCAUUUCAAGAUGGAGCCGUCCCCAUUUAACAGGAGGCAGUGGGCUUCGCAUUCUCUGAGGAUCACAGCCAAAGAAUUGUCACUUGUUAACAAGAACAAGUCGUCGGCUCUUGCAGAGAGGUUCUCGAGAUAUCAGAAAGCAGCUGAGGAAGCAACUGCAGAGAAAAAGAAAGGCAACACCGAAAAUCUUCCCCCUCAGUUUAAACGGGGGACCCUCAGCGUUUUAAAGAAGAAGUGGGAGAAUCCGGUGUUGGGAUCGGAGACUCGGAAGGAAACGCUACGAAGCAGCUGUGUGGAGUUGAGGCAGAAGGCUGUCAGCCCCAGUGGUGGAACUGAAAGCAGCUCUGCUUCCCAGGCAGAAAUUGACAAAGCCUCAGGGAUUGGUCCCAGAGCUCGACUCCAUUCCUCUUCCGGAGUGAUUGGCCAGUUCAGAUAUCCCAGUGUUGACAGCGAAGAGGCUAAAACCCAUUUGUCCAGGAGUGGGAAAAUGGAAAAUUGUCUUAGAGAAUUCGGACAAGAAGUAGGAAGGCCGGAGGCCAAUGAAAACCCGGAUUCUUCAGGGAAAAUAGAGAAGUGUAGUGUUCCUCUGAGCAGACUAAAGAUGAUGUUUGAGAGGGGGGAUGCCACCCAGACAAAGGUUCUUCGUGAUCAGAGUCGGACUUCUGGAGGAAGAAGAAUCUCUGAGAAUAGCUUUUCUUCAGAGGACCUUGACUUCAGUUCUGGAGAGAAAAGCCACAGUGUCUCAGGUCAUCUGUUCUGCACCUCUCCAACUUCUAGCCCAGAGAGGCCAGAGAGCCGGAGAAGCCAGGAGAUGCCUCGCUUGUCGGAAACGUCCAUCAAGGAUAGGCUUGCUAAGUAUCAGGCCGCUGUGUCCAAGCAGAGCAGCUCAAGCGCUCCUGUGAAUGAGGGGCGAGCCAGUGAAAGCGAAGUUGAGAAUUACAAUUGUGAGCAGAAGGAGAAUUUGCCACCGUUUUGUGAAGAUUUGUUUCCUCAGCAGGAUGGGGAGAAGGUUUCCAUAGGUGAUGGUCUAAAUUCCAGCUUCUGUGGAGAUGGCAUUGCAUUAAACUUCCAGAAGGAAACGGAUGUCCCAAAGUCUGUGUAUGCCAAACAACAAAGCCCUGAUUCUAGAGCAUCUAAUCAGACUGAUUCCUCUCUCCCCAAAGCAGUAAAGAAGUUCCAGCUGCCAGCCAAGGAAACUUGUGUUGCAUGCAAGAAGACUGUGUACCCAAUGGAGCGUCUCUUUGCCAACCAGCAAGUGUACCAUAUCAGCUGCUUCCGCUGCUCUUACUGCAACAGCAAACUUACUCUUGGAACAUAUGCAUCUCUACAUGGGAACAUUUACUGCAAGCCACAUUUUAACCAACUCUUUAAAUCCAAAGGCAAUUAUGAUGAGGGCUUUGGGCACAAGCCACACAAGGAACUGUGGGCAAGCAAAAUUGAGAAUGAAGAGUCCCAGGAGAAACCUGCCUGUCUUGGAAAUGCAGUGGAAGGUCCCCUAAGUCCAGGGGUGGAGGAUGCUCCUAUUGCAAAAGUUGGGGUUCUAGCAGCUAGCAUGGAAGCAAAAGCUGCAGGUGUGCUUGAGAAGGAAGAGAGACCUACAGAAACGAAGAAGCUGAAGAUUGCCUGGCCACCACCUCCUGAACAAGGCAGUCAAGGAAGUGUCUUGGAAGAAGGUAUUAAAGUUUUGAGGCCAAAGUGGCCCCCCGAAGAUGAGAUCCCUAAGCAGGAUCUUCAGGAUGACGUGGACCAAGAUCUCAAAAAACUGCGAAGGACAUCUUCACUGAAAGAGAGAAGCCGACCAUUUACAGUGGCUGCCUCAUUUAGAACCAUGUCUGUUAAGAGCCAUAGAACUGAACAUGCAUCUCUUACCAAGCCUGAGAGGAGUGUGGUCAGACCAAGUGAGGAACCACUGAAGGAUGUAGUGGUAAAAAACAAGCCAAUGGAAGAAAGUGAUGCAACUGACCAUGAGGAUGCUCCAAAUGCUGCUGAGGAAGAUGAGCAACUGUAUCAGGGAAAUGCAAGAGGUGAAGAGAGCCCAGCUGAGAAUGGCCAGAGGUGUGCCAAUGCUGAAGAUGAGGGAGAAGAAAAUCCUGCAGAAGACCCAGUAUCUCCAGAUAAAGCACCAUCCUAUCAUACAUCUCCUAAACAUUCAGUCACUUAUUCAGCAUCUACAAAAGAAUUAUCCAUUAGUCCAAAUCGCAAAUUUGAAGAUGGCUUUUUUGAAGGUGAAGGUUUACAAGAUUUGACAGUGGAAGAGCAGAUCAAGCGGAACAGAUGCUAUGAUGAAGAGGAUGACAUUGGAGAAUAAAGUAACUUUUCACUAGAGAACUUAUUACAAGGUGCUGGGCCUUAAAUUGGUGUGUGUAGUUUUCUUCCUUAAAGCAGCUGCCCUCCAUGAAAAUGAUGAUGUGCUGCAGGUUGACAAAUAAAGGAACCAUGAAGACGUGCUCAGAUUUGCAUUGUCUAGGAAAGCUCAUUGAAACCUGCAAGAAUGUAAUUGAUUCUGUGAAAGUGGAAUAGUAUGCAUAAAAUUAUUGUUGGAACAGCUGCUGCUUCAGUUGAGCAAAACCACAGUUCUGAGAUUUCCAUUCUGUAUCCUGGUCACUUCAAUUGCAUCUUGCUCUCUUCUGCUUUUGGUGGUUCUGCACUUUUUUGCAGGAUGUCAUUUAUGCUCCCUAAAGCUGAGCUGGAAACAGCAGGCUUUUUGAGAUACACUACUAUUAUCACAUUACCACUACCACUAACAGUGAUAUUGCAGUUCUUAAGGACCAGUUCCAAAGGGGUUUGGGGACCACUCUAAAUGGUGACUGCACUUUAAUGUAUGUGUAAAGGCACAAUGGAUACUUUUUUUAAAAUAGUGAAAACACUGUCUUCUAGAUAGGUGUUCAGUGAUGAUGGUCUCUUAAAUACAUGAUUAGCAGCAUGAUUUUAUGGGGAGGGAGGCUGGAUUUACUUGGCAAUGAUCGGGAGAAAACCUUUGCACUUUGCUCUAUUUGUUUUAACUCUUGUUUUAAGUUGGGACCCAGGUAAAUUUGGGCCUGCUGGCUGGCCAGUGAAACAGUCUCUCUCAUACCUGGGCUAAAAACAUUGCAAUUUUAUUUCAAGGGUAGUGCUGAAUGAAGGACUGUGGAGGGCAAAGCUUCAGUCUGCAGGGUAUUACAUUCCACAGUUGUUUUCUUGAAUAAUUGUGCUUUCUGUUUGAAACGUCCAUUCUUUUUUCCUGACUCUCAGCUUAAACAAUGUAAGUUAUGACAGUGUGUAUUAAACUGCCAGAUUUGAGAGUUUGUUUGAAAGAUGCAGCAUGCAGAAACCUGCAAGGUAAAAACAGAAAGAAAGAAAAAGAAUUUCUUGGGACCAAUUCCUAGUUUUGUGGUGUUAGUGCUUUUUUUGACUUGACAGCAUCUAUUUUAUAAAUCAUAGUAUUUUGAUCUAGGCAAAGGGUUUACUUCAGUCAUUUUUAAUUUUUUAUAAUGUAGAUUAAGUUAGCUCUAACUAUAUUUUAGAGUUGUAAAAUAUUCUGCUUUCUUACCAAUCUUGCUAAGUAUAAAACAUUUUUAUUCAAUAAAGGCUCUGUCAUUUUUAUUGUUAAA